AUGGUGGAAUUCGUCGAGCGUCGAACUAAACUGACAGUAGGUCCGAUCCAUCGACCACCGUUUCUAACGAAGACGCAGAUCUGUGUAAUCGUAGCUUUGAUUACAAUCUCGACUCCGAUUCUCAUCAAAACGAUUCUUAAAGGAGAAACGCUUCUACAUGAUCGGAGAGUUUGGUUAUCCGGCGCCGUUUUCGUUUACUUCUUUAGUGUUGCAGGGACGAUGCAUAACAUUAUCAAAGAAGUGCCUUUAUUUGUUAGAGAUCAUGAAGAUGAGAGUAAGGUGGUUUUGUUCUACGAAGGUCCAGAUCAUCAGCUUGGAGCUGAGGGAUUUGCUAUUGGGUUCUUGUACACUGUGGUUGGAUUGCUCUUGGCUUGUAAGAGUUAA